AUGAUCGAAGGCUUGGUGGAGACCUACCCCAAUCUACAGUACCUCGACGGGUUUCCUGACGUGAAGGUGGUGCUGCGAGCUGACGUCAGCAGAGGGACGUACGGGAAGGUGGCAAUCAUUUCGGGCGGCGGGAGCGGGCACGAGCCAGCUCAUGCAGGGUUCGUGGGGAAGGGCAUGCUCACUGCUGCCGUCUGUGGGGAUGUCUUUGCCUCGCCUUCAGUCAACGCUGUUCUCAUGAGCUAUACAGGCGAUAGGCUGAACUUUGGACUGGCAGCAGAGCAAGCCAAAGAGGAGGGCUUUAAAGUCGAUAUGGUGGUGGUGGGGGACGACUGUGCGCUGCCGCCCCCUCGUGGCAUUGCUGGGAGAAGAGGCCUGGCUGGGACAGUCUUUGUUCACAAGGUGGCAGGAGCAGCUGCAGAGGAGGGCAAGUCACUAGCUGACGUGGCAGCAGAGGCUCGCCAGGUGGCAGGCCUGGUGGGCACCAUGGGGGUGGGCCUCUCUGUGUGCACCGUGCCGGGAGGCUUCCCUUCUGAUCGACUCCCUGCCACCAAAAUGGAACUCGGGCUUGGCAUUCACGGCGAGCCAGGAGCAGCAGUGGUGGACAUGCAGCCAGUGGAUGUUGUGGUCUCGCACAUGCUCAAGACCAUCAACAACCCCGAGACAGGCUACAUGCCUCUCAAACUCGGCAGCAGAGUAGCACUCAUGGUGAACAGGUGGAGCAUGGGCUGGCAGUGGAGCGAGUGUAUGCAUGCCAUUCACCCUGUCUGUGUCUCACUGCACUCCUCUGCAUCCCGCUGCAUCCCUCUGCACCAUUUGUACACCAUGGCAUGGCAGGUGGAGCAUGGGUUGGCAGUGGAGCGAGUGUAUGCAGGCCACUUCAUGACGUCCCUCGACAUGUCAGGCCUCUCCCUCUCAGUGCUCAAGGUGGACGAUCAAGUGUUGCAGCGACUGGACGCCCCAACGCUCGCCCCUGCAUGGCCUAACGCCUGCCAAGGUGCGCGACCAGCCACCAAGGUGCCAGUGCCGCUCCCUCCUGCCCCGCCAGGCUCCCAACCUGCAUCAGCGUGUGAGCGUCCAAAGGAGUUGACAGAGGAGGGGCGGUGCCUGGAGCGGUGUAUUCGGGGGGGCGCCCAGGCCGUGCUGGCUCUGGCAGCGGAUCUGAAUGCAUGGGAUGCCAAGAUCGGUGAUGGGGACUGCGGCAGCACGAUGAGUCGUGGGGCCAAGGCAGUUUUCGACGCCCUCGCCUCAAGAUACCCGCUCAAUGAUGCACCAGCAACAGUGAGGGAGAUGGGCGCCAGUGUGCGGUGUUCCAUGGGGGGAACAAGCGGAGUGAUAUACGACAUCUUCUGCCGCUCCGCAUAUGUGAAGCUGAGGGAGCUUGCAGGCCCAGCAGCACAGCCCACCCCUGCUCACUGGGCAGCGGCAUUUGAGGCGGCAGUGGCAGCAGUGAGUCUGUACGGCGGCGCUCAAGCAGGCUACCGUACCAUGCUGGAUGCUCUGCUGCCCGCCGCUGCCUCUCUUUCGAGCAGUUUCAACGCAGGGGAGUCUGCAGCGGCAGCGCUGGCAGCUGCUGCUCAGGCUGCUGCUGCAGGAGCCGAGUCAACCAAGUCAAUGCCAGCUCUGGCUGGCAGGUCCAGCUAUGUACCAGCAGAGGUGUUGGCGUCAGUGCCUGAUCCUGGAGCCAUGGCUGUAGCAGCAUGGUUGCAAGGCGCCGCUACAGCCAUGCAACCUCCACCGGAGCCUGUAGUGGAGCCUUUGCUCUAG